CUCCGUGACCCACGCCUCGCAGCGCCCGAGCCACGGGUCUCGCCAUGCCGGGUCCGGUGGCCGGUAGCAAGUCCCGUGUGUACGCAGACGUCAACACGCUGAAGAGCCGGGAGUACUGGGACUACGAGGCCCACGUACCCAACUGGAACAACCAGGAGGACUACCAGCUGGUUCGUAAGCUGGGCAGGGGGAAGUACAGCGAAGUGUUCGAGGCCAUCAACAUCACCAACAAUGAGAAGGUGGUUGUUAAGAUCUUGAAGCCGGUCAAGAAGAAGAAGAUCAAACGAGAGAUCAAGAUCCUGGAGAACCUGCGAGGAGGGACCAACAUCAUCCGACUGGUGGACACAGUCAAAGACCCAGUGUCCAGAACUCCGGCGCUCGUCUUUGAAUGCAUCAAUAACACAGACUUCAAGGAGUUGUACCAGAAGUUGACAGAUUAUGAUAUCCGUUUCUAUAUGUAUGAACUACUGAAGGCUCUGGACUACUGUCACAGUAUGGGAAUCAUGCACCGUGACGUCAAACCCCACAAUGUGAUGAUCGACCACCAGUUGAGAAAGCUACGCCUAAUAGACUGGGGUUUGGCAGAGUUCUACCACCCAUCCCAGGAGUACAACGUCAGAGUGGCCUCGCGAUACUUCAAAGGCCCCGAACUCCUGGUGGACUACCAGAUGUACGAUUACAGCCUAGACAUGUGGAGCUUGGGCUGUAUGUUGGCCAGUAUGAUCUUUCAGAAAGAGCCCUUCUUCCACGGACAGGACAACUAUGACCAGUUGGUGCGAAUUGCCAAGGUCCUGGGGACAGACGAGCUGUUCGGAUACCUGCGUAAAUACCACAUUGAACUGGACCCGCGCUUCAAAGACCUGCUGGGACAGCAGAGCAGGAAGCGUUGGGAACAGUUUGUGCAGACGGAGAACCAGCACUUGGUGAGUCCUGAAGCUCUGGACCUGUUGGACAAGCUGCUACGCUACGACCACCAACAGAGACUGACCGCCACAGAGGCCAUGGAGCACCCCUACUUCUACCCAGUCGUAAAGGAACAGUCCCUGUCAAACUCUGACAACAACAUGGUUUCCAGUGGCAACACUACAGCGCGAUGAAACACAGAUGUGGAAGAAGAAGGAUGUUUGUUACCUCAACUUUGUACCCGGUUGUGACAGUAACUUUGACAAGUGUACAGUGACAAUGGAUCAAAGUAACUCUGACCAGUUACACACUCACAGAUAUGUGCAUACGGACACACACACACACACGCAUCAGUGCGAGCACACCUACAUACACAUACACACACACACACACACACAGACAUGUAUACAUACACCCUCCUCCUCUGUAUCAGUCUGUGAUUGGCUUGUACUGGUUCCCUGUCCAGCAGCCUGACCAAUGAGCUUGAAGCUGCUCCCCCAUCGUCCCCCCUCAAAUGGUCUUUGUCCUCCCAGCUCAGUCUCAUGUAGGUCAACAAGGACAAACUACUUUUAAAGACAAUUCAGUCUCUCCUCCUCUCUCUGUCGUCCCUCCAUCCCCUCCUUUAUAUCAGCCCCUCUUUGUUUGCAUCAGCAUGGAGAAUGAUCAGGAGUGUGAGCCUGUACAAGUCCCCCCCACCCCACCCCAACCCGUUCAUCCAUCUGUCUGUCUGCCCCCUCCUCCCUCCUCCCUCCCCAUCAUAUACCCCAACAGACAGACAGACGUCUUAGCACUACUCCAGUUCUGAAAGUGGCAUGGUGGACUCUCUCUAGAUAGAAUGAUGAUGAUGAUAAUAAUAAUAUUAAUGAAAAAUAAAUGAUUUUUAUUUAGAUGAA